UUGGCAGCAUGGAGCUCUUUUGGUUCGCUCUGCUCCUGAGCACCACAGUGGCCUCCCAACUUGAGGAGGAUGACAAGAUAAUAGGCGGCUAUGUGUGCUCACCGCACUCCCAGCCCUGGCAGGUCUAUUUCACCUAUGGGUCCGACUACCGCUGGUGUGGGGGGUCUCUCAUCAAUGAAUGGUGGAUCAUCUCGGCAGCGCAUUGCUACAAAAGGCCCAGCACCCUAGUGGCCCAUCUUGGAGAGCAUGACACCACUGCCGAUGAGGGCACUGAGCAGCAUAUACAGGUGGCCAAAGCCAUCCGGUUCCCGAAGUACAACGAGCGCACCACGGACAAUGACAUCAUGUUGGUGAAGCUGGCCCAGCCAGCCCGGUUCAACGCCUACGUGCAGCCCAUCCCUGUUGACAGCAGCUGCCCUGUGCCUGGGACGGUGUGCCGGGUCUCCGGCUGGGGCAACCUCCUCACCUCUGGGGUUCAGUACCCGGCUGCCUUACAGUGUCUGAAUGUGCCCAUCCUCUCUGACUCUGCCUGCCGUGCCUCCUACCCCGGCCGCAUCACCACCAACAUGUUCUGUGCUGGCUAUCUGGAGGGGGGCAAAGACUCUUGCCAGGGAGACUCUGGUGGGCCGAUGGUCUGUAAUGGGAAGCUGACAGGGGUGGUGUCCUGGGGCAUUGGGUGUGCCCAGAAGAACUACCCGGGAGUCUACACUACAGUGUGUAAUUACCUGUCCUGGAUUGAGGAGGUCACUGCCAACAACUGACAUGCACAGAGCACCUCUUCUGGCAGACAGCUGUGUUCACACCUCCCCAGCCAGCUUCGCCUGCUGCCUGGACAGGCGUCACUGUCCCUUUCUGCCUCUGGGUGUCUUCAUGCCAAGGAACACAGAAGGGAAGACACCAGAUGCUUAGAAGAAAAGGAACAAAUGUGGAUAUGAAAUUGCAAACUCCCCAAUAAAAUUCCUAUUUCUGCUGAAUUCUCAGUAUCUG